GCCGCGAGAGCGCUGCUUGUGUUGAGCUGAGCACAGUCACGCAGUAAAACUUUAAUACGACUAGCCUAUUUGUUUAUGUAUUUCAUACAUUUUCGGCAAAAUAACCUACAAAAUAAUAGUUGCAUUAACAACAAAAAUGUGUCGACUAAAUAGUAGCCUAAUGCGAAUUUAGAAAAGUCUAAAAUAGCCUAUUUGUAGAAUGUGAAAAAGCCUUCUGCCUUUAGUCACAGGACAGAAUGGUUCAGUGUUUGCAUUGGUGUGGUCUUGUUAAAGCUCUCACAUGAUGAGCUCUCUACCCCCUGUGAAAGGAGACAGGAUCAUCUGUGAACUCCCUUUGUACUUUACAAGGGAUGCUGCAGUGCACACCAAAGAUGGCUUUAAUAUUACUGUGAGAGAGGCAUGUCAAGGACAGAAAUCAGGACUGAAUGUAGCCAAGGUCAUUGUAGUUGGUGAUGUAGGAGUUGGGAAGACCUGUUUAAUAAAUAGAUUCUGCAAAGACACAUUUGACAAGACGUACAAGGCGACUAUUGGAGUGGAUUUUGAGAUGGAGAGAUUUGAGGUCCUCGGGGUGCCCUUCAGUUUGCAGUUGUGGGACACAGCAGGUCAAGAAAGAUUUAGAUGUAUUGCAUCCACAUACUACAGAGGUGCUCAAGCCAUCAUCGUUGUGUUUGACCUGAGCAAUUAUCACUCUUUGGAUAAUGCGAGAGAGUGGCUUGAAGAUGCCAUGAGAGACAACGACCCUUCUAGUGUUAUCCUCUUCCUCGUGGGAACCAAGAAGGAUCUUAGUCACCCAGAUCAUUUGGCCCAAAUGGAGCAAGAGGCUGUUAGACUCUCUGAAGAGAUCAGAGCAGAAUACUGGGCCGUCUCUGCCCUGUCAGGGGAAAGUGUGAGAGACUUCUUCCUCCGGGUUGCAUCACUUACAUUUGAGGCGACUGUAUUAUCUGAGCUGGAGAGGAACAAUUCUAGACAAGUUGGUGAUAUUGUCAAAAUUUCUAAUAAUUGUGAUGGAAAUUUUAAGAAGAGGCAAUCAAACUGCUGUCAUUGACUGAACAUAUGCAACAUGUUUCAAUGGAUCUGAUCAAAUGGGAGUUGAAGUGACCAUUGAAUACAGACUUCAGGAUGAUGUCUCGUAAUGCCCUGACACAAAUCCCUGGGUGAAAGAAGAAAAUAAUACAAUCAGAAGACUUGGCCAGUCAGAUAAUGGGGAAAUCUCAAUAAGAAUCCAUCUGAAAGAAAAGUUUAGACUGUAUUUAGAGGUGUAUUAAUGAAUGCAAAUGAUGUUUCUGCAUCAUAUAUUACAUGAUUAUUUGGAUACAUGUGAGUUUUUCAUAGACUCUCAAUUAACCAUGAUUGAUUGAUGAGGAUUAGUUUAUCUAUAAAUGUGUUUUUCACCAAACAGUGCCAUAUAGUUUUAUCGCAUCUAGAAUCUAUAAAUACUUGGUGUCAUUUACUGACAUUUAAGUCUAUCAGUAUUACUGCAAAUCCCUGUAAUUUGAUGGAAAUCAUUUUUGUUCAGGCAAACAGCAGUGUUUAGUGCAGUGUACUUAAGAGGUCACUAAAUGCCCUCCUGGUGGUUCUGAAUGUUUUUUUGUAAAUGCAGGCCUUGUUUUCAUUGCAUCAUGUGUUAAUAUGAUACAUAUGCCAAGACUCAUGACCACGGGCUCUGCUGCCGUCUGCUUGGACACAAGACUCCCACUGUGAGCUAAAUGGAAGGAUUGUUAGACGUAAAUGGAGACGUAUCAAAAAUUGCGAAGCAAAAAUGAGCAACUUGACAAACAUGUAUACAGUCUUGAUUCAGAGACAAUAAAGGCUAAAAUAUUAUUAUAAGUAUGGAUUAUGUCAGAAACAAAUUAGAAAUUUUUGGUAGUACCUUAAGCAUCAGAGGCAUUAAAAUUCCAACAAAUGUCACAUGGAAUCGGGAAUAGUGCCAUCUAUUUAGCAAUCAUCGUAAAUUCCCAGCUGUCUGAAAUGAAUUAUUUAAGGUCUGAAGAGUGAAUACAAACACUCCAACCUCUUCUUUACUAACUGAAAUCAAUAUAGACGGAUAAGAAACCGACUACUUCAAUAAAAACACUUGAAUCAGAAGUUUAAUUUUGACAACUUUAUCAAAGAAAGAAAUGAAAUGGAUGUCAGCAGUGAAAAACACUGAACAGAGACAAUUCCUGACCUAAAGGCAUAAUGCAGCCUCAGUGCUAAAAGAACACAUGAUCAGGUCAGAAACUCUUCCCAGAGCUUGGAAGAGUCACUAAAUGGGUUGUGGGGUUUGGGAAGUCAUAAUAUGAAUAACUGUUUGGUGUGUGAAAAUAUAGUCACAGUAUAAGGAGCCUGUUUAUAAAGUUCUCUUUGCUUAAAUGUCUCACUUGUCAUCUAUAAUGAUACAUAGGAUUCUACAUAAAAGGAAAGAGGACGAAGCAUGUGUGCAAACACCUUCAGGACAUCUGGCCAGCAAAAGAUGCAUUAACAUACACACAAACAGCA